CUCGGCCCGGGUGGCGGGAAGGAAAUGCGCCAGCUGCGCUGUGCUACGUCCGAUCUUCGUUCCUUUUCGUAACCGGAACUGUGGCGGCAAUAUUGUCCAUCUGCUCCUGCUUCGGGAAGGGCUGCAAACUGCUUGAAUUUUGUUUCCUUUUCCUUCCUCCGCUCUUCCCGGAAGGUGAAAGGUCGAAGCGUGAAUAGACCCAUCUCCAGGACCCCAAAUCCCUGGCCACACGGGCGCCAUUACUCUCCGGACUCAUUUGUUAAAGCUCUUUUUGGGGUACGCCUGUGUGGAUGGUUAUCCCCAAAGUGAAGAAGCCUUGGCUCUGAAGCGUGCUUCUCAGGGUUAGGGGAUGCCGCAACCCAGCCUCUUGAUGCAGUGUGAAUCCAGUUCAAGGGAAGAAGAGAUCCCGUCCCUCUUUUGGGGUUUGGAUCCUGUGUUUCUAGCCUUUGCAAAACUCUACAUCAGAGAUAUCCUGGAGAUGAAGGAAUCCCAGCAAGUGCCAGGUAUAUAUAUUUACAACGGCCAUCCAAUAAGACGGGUGGAUAUCAUGGGAACUGUCGUUGGCGUGAGAGAAAAGGAUGCUUUAUACAGCUAUGCAGUGGAUGACGCCACUGGAGUUAUAAACUGCACCUGCUGGAAAAGGUUGAGCAGUACCGAGUCUCCACCAGACCCAGCUGCUCCAAGCACUGCAAGAGAGCUAAGCAUGACCUCACAGCUUAAGAAACUGCAGGAGACCAUUGAGCAGAAAACCAAGAUAGAAAUUGGGGACGUUAUCCGUGUCAGAGGCUAUGUGCGCAUGUUCAGAGAACAGCGAGAAAUCAGUGCCACCCUUUACUAUAAGGUGGACGAUCCAGUGUGGAAUAUUCAGACUGCGAGGAUGCUCGAGCUGCCAGUGCUCUACAGGAGAGUGUAUGACCAGCCCUUCCGCAGCCCAGCCCUAACGGAGGAAGAGCCACCGGACAAGACAGGCACUUUGGAUCUCGCCGGCCUCACGUCUUUGUUGAGUGAGAAAAUCAAAGAAUUCCUCCAGGAGAAGAAAGUGCAAACCUUCUACCAGCAGGACUUGGAAAUGGUGGAGUCCUUGCAGUCCCUGGCCAGCCAGCCUGUGGUUCACAGCACCUGCUCAGACAAAGUGGAACCAAAGACCAGCACCACUUCCAGUACAGUCCACAGUGUGUUUAAGAAUGCUCUGCAGCUGCUGGGAGACAAGGGAUUCGUGUUCCAGAGAGAUGGCGGCCCUCAGAAGCCGUACUAUGUAACCAGCAAGGACAAAGACCUGCACCAAAGGAUCUACAAGAUUGUUAAGGAAGAGUGCCAGAAACCAAAUCACGUGGAGAAGGGCUGCCAUCUGAUGCAUGUCCUGAACUGCGUGCGCCUGAACCUGCGCUGGGACCUGAGCAAGGCUGUGCUGCGACAGGUGCUGGAGCUCCUGGAGGACCAGAGUGACAUCGUGAGCACAGGAGCUCAGUACUACACGGCCUUCUGAGGAGAGCUGCAGAGCAAAGAUGGUAGCCUUACCCCAGGCUCUGUCACAGCCAUUGCACAGGGACUUAUGUAUAUUUAAUCUCAUAUUAAAUUCCAAUAUAGUCACUAGGAAAAUGGGAUUUGACUUCCUUCUACUUGCUGUGUCCCUGAGAUAGAUGGCUUUGAUAUCAGCUAUGACACACACAAACCUUCCUUGUCACUUCCUGGCUGGACUGAGUGUCACUCAGAACAGAAUGGGAGUAAGCAGUGCUGCUGGCUCAGUCACUGUGUGUGAACUCAGGGACCCUAUCUUGCUGGAGGGACGUCCACGGUAAAGGCUCCUGCACGCCUGGAACUGGAGAGGCAAUGGCCAGACAGCAUUGUUGGAAAGCGUUUUCAGACUCCAGGCUACCAGAUACAUUUCCAUCUGGCUCCCCUGAUGUGUUAAAAGCAGACGUAGGGGCAUAGUCUCCUGGAGUGAUUGACAUUUGCCUCUGGUUCCUGAGGUUCCACACUGGCAGUGAGGCCCAAGACCUGGGCUGCUGAGGUUUUCAGAUCUGCCUUGAACAGGAAAACCAUCUGGGGCAUGGCGUGGCCUUUUAAUUCUUUCCCUUAUGACUUGAAAGUUGUCUCCAAACAUUUGCCUGCACUCUAAGAGGUGCACAGCUAAAUGUGUGGUCCCUUGGUGCCCCUGAAGAUGGCAGAGGCUGUCAGCUAGCCGUCUAGCUGGUGGUGGUGUUUUCAGGAUUGCUGCUGAGUGUGCAGGAUUUGCCAUGCAGACGGAGGCUCGGGAUGUGCCCAGACAGGUGACGGAGUCGUGCUUAGGCUCAGAAUGACAAGGUAGAGAAAACAUCUGAAUUAUGUAGUAGGCUUGUUCUAAC